AUGGCUGUCAACAACUACAAGCACCCGAACCUCAAGGAGCAGUGGGGUCUGGCCGAAGACCCCAAUGCGAGCGACCACAUUGUCACCUCUCGCGGCCAGAAGCUCACGCGAACCGUCACCGCUGGUGGCCAUGACGUCGACUCGUCCCAGCCCGGCUUCCCCAUCUAUCACCGCCGCAUUGCAAACCCUUUCCCGCUGGUGUGCAUUGCUACGGGAGCAUCGGUGCUGAUGCUCGGAUUCAUCCUCGUGCGUAACCGCAGCAUCACCAACCCUUCCAUCUACAUGGCGAUGGCGCUGCCUCUGGGAAUGUUUGGCAACUUUGCUGCGUGCAUGUUUGCCUUUGCCGAGGGCUCGACGUACCUGGCCACGAUCUCUGGUACGCUCGCGGGCCUGCUGGGCGGUACGGCGCUCCAGUUCCUGCCGUGGACGGGUAUCCAGGCGACGUACCUUGCUGGCGGUGCGGCUGGCCUCAACGAGUACUACAAGGCCGAGGCCAUGGUGUACUUUAUCGCGCUCAUCCCCAUCUUCCUCAUCUUUGUCGCCUCGGCUCGCACCAGUGGCCCCGUCGCAGGUGCUGCGCUGCUCAUCACGGUCGCACUCGCACUGCUCGGCGCUGCGUACAUCGGCGGCGCGGAAGAUUUCAUGGUUGCCAAGGCCUCCGGUGCGAUCUUCAUCAUCAUCGGCAUCAUGCUCUUCUACGCCGCGCUCUCCGUCAUGCUCGCCGAGGAGGGCUGGAAGAUCCUCCCCUCAGGGCGCGAAGGGAUCUUUGUCUACAAUGUGGAAUCCAAUGUCCGAGUAGGCGCAAGCGAUGUGGAUUCUUCGCUCGGCUAUCUACCGCUAAGCCACCGCCAGGGCACCCCCACGCCAACAGCAGCACCUGCUUAUGCCGGUACAAGACGUCACAACUGUCUUGCCUCUCAACCUCAUCCUAGCAUCUACUCGACCUUCAUCUGCGCAUCUCGCUCACGCAACAUGGACAUCGAAGGCUUCCGCAAGGCGGGCUACGCCGCUGUGGACCGCAUCUGCGACUACUAUGCUUCGCUCGCCGAGAGGCCGGUGUCGGCGCAGGUACAGCCUGGAUUCCUGUCUGCUUCCAUCCCGACCUCCGCGCCCGAAACCGGUGAAGCGUGGGAGCGCAUCGACAACGACUACCACAGCGUCAUCAUGCCCGGCAUCACCCAUUGGCAACAUCCAAACUUCUACGGCUACUUUCCGUGCAACGCGAGCUUUGAGGGUGCGCUUGCCGAUCUGUACUGCGCGAGCAUCAGCAAUCCCGGCUUCAACUGGUCCGUGUCGCCAUCGGUAACGGAGCUCGAGAUCCUGAUGGUCGACUGGGUCGGUCGCAUGCUCGGGCUCGACGAUGCCUUCCUCUCCACCUCGGGCACUGGUGGAGGCAUCAUCUUGGGCUCGGCGAGCGAGGUGGCGCUGACGGUGGCGAUUGCUGCUCGUGAGCGGUGCAUCGACCGUCUCACGCCGCAGCACCCCAUGCCCACUGUGCACACUGGCACGAAUGGGGUGGGCAGUCUGGAUGCGGAUCAAGACGUCGCAAGCGCGGGUCAGAGUGCGGCAGAGGUGGGCGCUGAUGCCACGCUCGUAGCCAAUACACGCUUGGCUCAAUGGCGAGGCGGUCUCACGUCGCGCCUGGUCAUGUAUGGAACGACGCAGACGCAUACGAUUGCUGCCAAAGCUGCCUUGAUCCUCGGUCUGGAUUUCCGCGCCCUUCCCGUAUCUGCCGAAUCGUCCUACUCGCUCUCUGGCGCCACACUCGCUGCUGCCAUUGCCGAAGACGUGGCGCUGGGCCGCGUGCCGUUCAUGCUCAUCGCCACGAUCGGCACCACGUCGUCCGGGGCGGUUGACAACCUGACGGAAAUCGUCGAGGUGGUGGCAAAGCACCCGACGCUGUGGCUUCACAUUGAUGCCGCCUAUGCGGGCGUCUGCCUGUCGCUGCCCGAACUGCGGGCGGAGAUGCAUCUGGAUGCGAUCAACAGCGCUGCGGUUGACUCGUUCAGCACCAACCUGCACAAGUGGGGACUUGUGCAGUUUGAUUGUUCUCCACUCCAUGUGCGAGACCGCGGUGACCUGUCGCGCGCGCUCAGCAUCACCCCGACGUACCUUCGCACCAAGCAGGCGGAUGCGGGCAACGUGCUGGACCUGCGCAAUCUGCAGAUCUCUCUGGGCCGUCGCUUCCGCAGCCUCAAGGUGUGGUUCGUGCUGCGCUCGUAUGGUCUGGAAGGAUUCCGCAAGCAUCUGCGCACGACGAUGCAGCUGGCCAAUCACUUUGAAAGCCUACUGCGCGCGGACGACGCGGGGCUGUUGGAGAUCGUGGCGCUGCCGAGGUGGGCGCUGGUGGUGUUCAGGAUGAAUCCGAAGGGCGAAGGAGUCGACGUGGAGCAGCUCAACAAGGCCUUUUGGGACGACCUCGAGGCGCAGUCGGCGCACUUUGUGCUCACACAGACCAGCUUGCCCGAGGUAGGCUUCUGCAUCCGGUUUGUCGUCGGCAGCCCGCAGACGCAGCGACACCACGUCGAGCACACCUGGAAGCUCGUCGCACAGACCGCGCGCAGCACGUGGGCGCGUUUCAAGUCGUCUUGCACGUAA